CAUAAAAAUAUAUAUCCAAAGAUAUUUAUGCGAGCCUAUGUAUUACUUCCCAUAGUGCAUCCAAAUUUUGUUGAAGCUCUUAAUACAGUUCAAGGGCUAUUCGUCUUUAGGUUAAGGGCUUCACAACUUCGCCUAUAUCUAUUAGUUAUCAUCAUUCUAGCAGUAGUAACACUAAUAUGGCGGGCAUUACAAACGAAAAUUUGGCUAUUGUAUUUGGAGUUCUCGGUAAUAUCUUCUCAAUUCUCGUCUAUCUCGCGCCGAUGCCGACGUUCUAUCGGAUAUUCAGGAGGAAAUCGACUGAAGGUUUUCAUUCAAUACCAUAUUCAAUGGCUCUUUUCAGCGCGAUGUUAUUGUUGUACUAUGCAUUCCUCAAAGUAAAGGGGGCCUUCUUGCUCGUUACUAUCAACUGCAUUGGAUUUGCCAUAGAAUCGGUGUACCUCCUCAUCUUCAUGAUCUAUGCUUCCAAGAAGGCCAAGAUCCAAUCAGGGAAGCUGCUCUUAGGGCUUAACGUUGGAGCUUACGGGUUGAUUGUUGUUCUAACACAUUUGCUUACAGAGGGCCCCCAAAGAAUCACCGUUGUCGGGUGGAUCUGCGCCUUCUUUUCCGUCAUCGUGUUUGCUGCUCCUCUCAGUAUCAUGGGGAUAGUAAUAAGGACGAAGAGCGUCGAGUUCAUGCCAUUCUGGCUAUCCUUUUUUCUAACUCUCUGUGCAGUGAUGUGGUUCUUCUACGGCCUUCUGAUAAAAGAUUAUUACGUAGCUACACCGAACGUGCUCGGCUUUGCAUUCGGGAUUGCUCAGAUGACGAUGUACAUGUUAUAUAGAGAUCCGAAAGGAAUGAUCUUGCCAGAAAGCUUUGGUCGGUGUACAAUUGCUGCCCUACCAAUAACAGAAUGCAAGAAAGUGAACAUCAGUAUCGGCAUCAAGGAGCCUGUCAAGCCAACUGAGACGGUUGUCCCAAGUUGCGGGCCCGAUCAUGGGUCACCAAAUCUGAAUAACAAAGUGUGAUCCGCUUUUUUAUACUUCAUCUAUUUCCCAUCCAUGGUAAAAAAGUGUGAUCAGCUUGUAUUUAAACUUCAAUGCGCGACGUGAUAAUGAGAGUAGCCAGGAUUAUGAUCAUAAGAACUGGUUUGAGCCUGCCAUGUCAGCCUCGGCAUAUUUCUUUCUUGUUAGAAUAUCAAAUUUCAUUAUGUAUGUAUUGUAACACCAGUUGGAUGAGAGAUCAUCACAAAACCCAGCAGUUAAUAUUAUUGGCUCUAAUUGAAUCACGGGUUCUGAA